CGCCAGGAGAAGCAGAACCAUCUGUCAUGGUGAACAGGAGACGCCAUGGCCCACGUGGCACUCAGACUCAACAGCAGCGCAGACCACCAGCUGUCAAGACUUUGAGAGAACCGGCGGUAUUUGCUAAAGAGCCAGGCACUGAUGUGGACAUCCCUCACAAUAAGCUCACCUUAGCUCAGGCCCGGCGUGGCACUCCCGUUCACCGGCCUGUGAGGGUCUAUGCUGAUGGGAUCUUUGACCUCUUCCAUUCGGGCCAUGCACGAGCUCUUAUGCAGGCCAAGAAUCUGUUCCCAAACACACACUUGAUUGUUGGAGUUUGCGGUGACAAGCUGACGCAGAAGUAUAAAGGCUACACAGUUAUGACAGAGGCAGAGCGUUAUGAGGCACUCAUACAUUGCCGCUACGUAGAUGAGGUGGUCCGCGAUGCCCCAUGGACUCUCACCCCUGAGUUCCUGAAGAAACACAGGAUUGACUUUGUGGCCCAUGAUGACAUCCCAUACUCUUCUGCUGGAUCAGAAGAUGUUUACAAACAUAUCAAGGAUGCAGGAAUGUUUGUAGCCACUCAGAGGACAGAAGGAAUCUCGACCUCUGAUCUCAUAACACGUAUAGUCCGAAACUAUGACAUCUACGUCAGACGUAACCUACAAAGAGGCUACACAGCCCAGGAACUGAACGUUGGUUUCAUCAAUGAGAAUAAGUAUCGUCUGCAGAACCAAGUGGAUAAGAUGAAGGAAACGGUGAGGACAGUGGAGGAGAAGUCCAAACACUUAGUGCACCGCGUUGAGGAGAAGAGCCACGACCUCAUCCUCAAAUGGGAGGAGAAGUCUCGCGAGUUCAUCGGGAACUUCCUGGAGCUGUUUGGCCCUGAUGGAGCAUGGAACAUGAUCCAAGAGAGGAGUGGCCGUAUGCUCCAGGCCCUGUCGCCGUACCAGUCCCCCAGUACCUCUCCCAGCAACAGCCCUACCAGAGGGCGCUCUCCCUCUCCACUUGCCCAUGGGAUGCCACGCAUGCGUUCUUCACCGGCCAGAGGAGCCUCUGACAACAGCAGCAGAAAGAGAAACAAAAAGAAAUGAAAACACACAUAAAAUGCACACUACAUGAACACGUCUCAGUCCCCAUAUUUACACACAUACACCCGCGCAGUAUACACCCACUACACCUAUCACAGCCCAUCUGCUGUAUUUCAUUUUAUUCAUUGUAUUAGAACGUAAUGCACUGCAUGUGACAGUAUAUAAAUAUAACUUGCAUUUAUUGAUUUAGUUUCUAUUUAUUGAUUUUAACUCAGAUUUUAAGUAAGACAUAUCUGUAUGAUCCACACUUUCAGCAUGUCAAUUCAUGUUUUUACAAACUGGAAUCAUCCAGAGGUCUUCACUAACAGCUGAUUUUUAUUUAAUUCGGGUACACUUAAAAAUAUUAUUUUAAUGCCAUUUCUUACAUAUAUAAAUUAAUUCUACAAAUGCGUUUACUGUGCAUCCCUAUAAAAUAUCAUUUAUUUCUC